AAAUGACUAACCUAACCCAGCUGAAACCGACAGAAUGGCCUAAAAGACACUUCCAUGGCCGUUUAAUCCGGAAAUUUUGGGUUUGGUGAAUUGAAACGGUGCCCUGUGGCUAACUUCAAGUGGCUGGAUCCAACAUGGAGCCGGUGUAAACAAAAUAUUUUUCCUACAAUUUCAAAUAAUCCAAAAAUGAAAUAAAGCCCGCAAUGGCCGAGUCUGGGCAAAAUCAAGCUGGGGCGGACGUCCCCGAGGACCUGUUCCGCGGCGUGAAGUUCUUCGUCAGUGGGGAAAUUGCUGAAAAGGUGGUUGAUUUGCUGAAAGUUGGUGGGGCCGAGCGUUUGAACUAUUUCUCCGAUUAUGUAACGCAUUUAAUUUGCGGCGAAAACGCCGAGGAAAAUGAUAUCACGGACGCCACUGAUCUGUACGAAAUUCCGGCGGUUACGUCCAAGUGGGUUUUUGCGAGCGCCCGUCUGAAGAAGUUAGUUAAUACCAAACCGUACGUUUACAAUUUGAAUAAGUUGUUCACGAAUUUGGUGUUUUGCUUAUCGAAAGUUGGAAGCGAUCGUGAGGCGCUUUGGGCUGUCAUCACUUAUCAUGGGGGCCUUGUCCAGCUCAAUUUGACCAACAAAUGCACACAUUUAGUCACAGUCGACACAAAUUCACCGAAAUAUGAGAAAGCCGCCAACUUGGGGGCCGACAAAAUCACCGUAAUAACGCCCGACUGGGUCGUAGAAUCGGUGAAAAACAACGCAUUGGCACAGGCGGACUUGUUCCACCCGAAGCUGAUUCAGUGGCCGAAAGUUGCCAAACAUGAAAGCACAAUCGCGAUCACGGGCUUCGAGCCUGAAAAAGUUGAAUCAGUUGAGAAAACAAACGACAUGGUGACUGAUUCAACCCAGGCUUUAUUAGACAAACUUAAGCAAAGAAUGCCUUGGAUUCAACCUCAAACAACAACAACUGCCGAUAUUGUGCCACCCAACGUGGUUGCGCCGAGUUUUCUCAACAAAAAUCAACCAAAUCAACCGGUGCGUACUUUCCCGCAACAACAAUCACCACAGCCUGCUGUUGUACAAACGAAUCAACAAAUCCCCCGAAGUAUUGUUCACCACACGCCUCAACCGCAACAACUCGUUCAACAACAACAACCACCACCACAACAAUUUAAUGUUCCAAAUCAGGUCCAUUUGAACCGACUGAUCGGCCAACAACAACAACAGCAACAACGCCCGACUCUUCAACAGUUGAGAGGUCAGUUGGCCCCGAAUCAACUGCACCAACACUUGUUACAACAACGUAUCGCCCAACAAAAUCAACAAAAUGCCCAACGGCCGCUCACCAUUCAACAGCAACAAUUGUUGCAACAGCAAAUUGCCCAAAGACAGUUACUACAAAAUCAACAGCAACAACAACCCCAACCCCAGACGCAGUUUAGUAAUGUUAUCCAACAACAACACAUUUUACAACAACAGAAAAUUUUCGUAUCGCAACAACCAAACCUGGCCGUGCAACAACAAUUCAACCAGAAUCAACAACCGCAACAGUUUAAUCAACAGUUCGUACAGAACCAACCCGACUUAAAUCAACCGCAACUGGUGCAACAACCGGCACAAUUCCAACCGAAUCAACAGUUGUUGUUGAAUCAACAAACCCAGUUCAACCAACAACAACAACAAGCGGCGCAGCCUCAGCAACAACGCCCGCAAAUCAAUCAACACUUGUGGCAACAACAGCAACAAAUGACUAUCCGACAUCCGGUCAAUGUUGUUCAAGGCCCACGAAUCCAAUGGUCGCCCACCCAACAACCCAAUCAACCGCAACGUCAAUUCAUACACUUGGACGCCCAAACUCACAACGAGCUACAAAAAAUGAAUCCUGAACAGCAGGCCAUGUUCGUGCAACGCCUCAAACAAAAACAACUCCUAAUGCAAAAACAAUUGACACAGCGGGCCGGUGGUGGGCAUAUUUUGAUCCGUGGUUCGGUGCCUCCAGGUCUCAACCCGCAACAGCAAAUGCAGUGGUUGCAAAGGCAAGCGAAACAACAAGGUGUUGUACUGCAACAACAAACCAUCACUCAGCCCAAUAUUCAACAACAACACGCGCCGGGUUUGAGUCCAAUUCAACAACAGCAGCAGCAGCAGCAACAACAGCAGCCACAACAGUUUGACCAGAAUCAACAACAACAGUUGCAGUUGAGGCAGUAUAGGUUACAGCAGUUGCAACUACAGCGUGAACAAGCGCAGAAAAAUCAAAUCGCCGCUGUGCAGCAACAACCAGUACAAGCGGGUGUUGUUAGGCCUUUAGGACCGGUGAUUCCCGAUUCGACGACGAAUCCACCCGAAGCCAACUCGCAACAGUUGGUUGUUAAUGCCAAAACUAAGACGGCCUUGGCGAAUAUGUUGAGUAAUCGGCUGCAGAGUGGGGGAGGGACGGUGCCCGUUCCGGAAACGAUACCGGAACCGUCAGCGGCGGGAACGCUAAGGUUGAUGACGGCUCAACAUAACGCCGCUCUUAAUCCGAAUAACCGGCCCCAAGAUUUAAUUGCCUUGCAACAACAACGUAGAGUUAUAAAUGGCCCUAAUGGCGAGAUUAUAAGGGCACUGGUGCCCCAAUCAGGAGUACCAGGACCGGUUAUAGCGCAAACUGAGCCCCCUAAAGUGCAGUUUUCGCCCCGACCGGCUGUACCGAUGCAACAUAGGCCGGGGCCGUUCUACGGACACAAUCCCAACUUAAAACUCCCGCCAGAUUUGUUUCUUCUGGGGUGCAUUUUUGUCGUUGUUGAAAUCGAGCGUUAUUUGGACGAAUCAUUGCCCGGAUGGAAACAAAAAAUUGAAAAACAUGGAGGCGAGGUUGAAAAACAAUACUGUAAUCGUGUGACGCACGUUUUAUGCGAAACGCAACGUCACGGCGUCGUAAUGCAAGCGUUACGCGACUGUAAACGCUGCAUAACCAUUUAUUGGUUAAGUGACGUCAUGAUGCGUAAACAAGUGCUGCCACCUUGGACCGCUCUCCACCUACCAACUAUUUACCUCGACACAACUCCAGCAGCUAAACACUUAAUAACUUUAAGCGGAUUUACAGGGUGUGAGCGAAAUCGGGUCAAACAUAUGAUUAAUUACACGGGUGCUAAGUUUACGUCAUACUUCUCCAAACACAAUACUUUAUUAAUUGCGGCGAAAGGCGAGGGCGCGAAAUACAAUCACGCCAAGAAAUGGGGGAUUCCCGUGGUGAAUGUCCAAUGGCUGACUGACAUAAUGCUAGGGAAUUUCUCGGCCUUGAACCAGAUGGAACAUAUAAUGUACCAACAGUUUCCCACGCCGCCUAAUUUCAGCUUCGACCCCAAACUAGUACCGAAUUUGAUGCAUGCGUGGAAAAUGCCAAUAAAUAUAUCCCAAGAGUCGUACGAACGCGUUAAGCGAAGCUCAUCGCCGGUCCUAAUGCCCAAAAAGGCGAAAAAAAUGAAAACCGAGCAAACCGACGAAAACGACAACGUGGACGAAGGCGUUGAAGUGAACGCAAAUUACAGGAUCCUGUUUUCCAUGUCUUCCGAAACGGCGACGUUGCAAAAAAUCGUCAAGCAACUGGGCGGCAUUGUUGCGAAAUCGCACCACGACUGCACACAUCUCGUGAUGCCAUCUUUGAGCCGUACUAAUAAACUGUUGUUCUGUAUAUGUCGCGAGGUGUUUAUAAUGCCGGAACAGUGGCUUAGGGACUCGCACACGGCGCAGAAAUUCCUAGACGAGGCUAGCUAUAGUCUAGACACCAAAGAAUUCAACAGUGAAUAUAAGUGCGACUUUACGCAAACUUUGAACACGAGGAAUCGCAGCAAGCUGUUCGAGGGGAAAUUUUUCUGGGUAACGCCGAGCGUUUUCCCGAGUAAAAAAGUCCUAGUUGAGCUAGUACAGAGUUGUGGGGGGAUUGUCGAAAAAAUACGACGGACUUCGGCGCAAAUCGAAGCAACAAACAUUAAUUCGCCCUACAGUUAUAUCAUAAUAACGCACGAGAAUGACAUUCACUUAGUUGCCGAUUUGUUGCGGAAUAAGAAAGACAAGGUGCGGAUUGUUUGCAGUGCCGAGCUGAUCUUCAGUGCCAUUUUGAAACAAACUUUCGAAGUCGAGCCGUUCGCUGUCAAAGUUUUAUGAAAUUAAGUGUACAUAUUUUUCGACAUAGGACCAAAACCGUGUUUUUAGGGUUACGUUUUGUUAAUUUGUGAUUUCUUUGUCAGAUUUUGUAAAAUUUCUAAGAUAAUAAAAGUUACACAAAUU